AUGCUGGCUCAAGGUGGGUUGCUCUUUCCGAACAGCCUCCGCAAUUAUUAUGUCUGCGUGUCUCUUCUGCCCGUGGCAAUACUUUGCUAUCUGAUCUAUGUACGAUAUGCCACGCCACUUCGAAGCGUACCUGGCCCAUUCCUUGCCAGUUUCACCCGCUUGUGGAAGCUGCAGAAAACGCUGAGGGGUGACUUCGAACGGACGAAUAUUGAUCUUCACAAUAGAUAUGGACCGAUCGUGAGAAUUGGCCCCAAUGAAGUCAGCAUCGAUGAUCCGGAAGAGAGCCUCCGUGUCAUUUAUGGCCACGGGACGAAGUUCGUCAAGUCCUCAUGGUAUAAAGCGUCCGACGCACCAGGUCAUCACUCUAUCUUCACUGACACAGACAUUGCACGACAUGCGCGCGAAAGACGGCUGGUUGCCAACAGUUUCUCAAUGACUUCAAUCUCCGCCAUGGAGUCUUACAUCAGCAACUGUGUACAGGUAUUCGAAACCCGGUUGGCCGAGUUCGCAGAGAAAGCUGCAGUCUUUGAUCUUGGGCACUGGCUUCAAUGUUAUGCGUUUGACGUGAUUGGCGAAAUUACGUUUGCAAAACGAUUUGGAUUCCUAGAUCGGGGAGAAGACAUCGGCGACAUCAUGAGCGUUCUGGAUGGAUUCCUGUCCUACUCUUCAUGGAUGGGUGUUAUCCCAGAAUUUCAUGCGCCUUUUACGAAACUCAUGUCAACCCUAUUUGCCGACGGAGUGCCACUUGAGAGUCUGAGGCGGUUUGCCAGCAACGUCAUUGAGGACAGGCAGAAGGUUAACGUCUCGCACCCAGACUUCGUCACGCAAUUUUUGCGGAUCCACAAUCAGAAGCCCGAGCACUUUCCCAUGUCGGAGGUUUAUAAGAGCUGCAUGGUCCUGACAGGAGCGGGCUCAGACACUACAGCGAUCGCCUUGAGGGCUGUAGUAUACUUCUUACUCCGAAAUCCGACGAAGCUAGAAAAAUUGCGCUCCGAAAUUGCGGAAAUGGAAUCGGUAGGCCAGCUAUCGAAUCCAGUCACUUACAAAGAAGCCAUGGCCAUGCCUUACCUUCAGGCGGUGCUGAAAGAAGCAAUGCGACUUCACCCUUCUACUGGAUUUACUAUGGGUCGAGUGGUCCCCGAAGGAGACGUGAUUCUUCUAGGGUACCGUCUACCAGAAGGAGCUGUUGUAGGCAUCAACUCCUGGGUGGCUCACCGAAACGAAUCCGUCUUCGGCGAAGACGUGGAAGUGUUCCGCCCAGAACGGUGGCUGGAGUCUGAAACGGCAGCGAAGCGGAUGGAAAGGUAUUUUCUGGAGUUCGGAGUGGGCUCUCGGACAUGCUUAGGCAAGAAUAUCAGCUUGAUGGAAAUGUCGAAGUUGAUCCCCCAGAUCUUGCGGGACUUCGAUCUCGUGCUAGCGGAUCCAGAAAUACCGUGGAAAACAGUAAACUGGUGGUUGGUGAAGCAGACAGGCUUAUUAUGCAAAGUGCGCAAACGCAGUUCCAAAAUCUGA